AUGGCUCGCAUUCAUCUGCCCAACGAGAUCGUCUUGAUGAUCGCGCAGUAUCUCACGCCUCGUGGUAUUGCAAACUUGAUGCUAGGUAAUCGCGAAUGGUAUACUCUUCUUCGGGGCGAUUUCAUCUUCAAUCGAACGCUGGGUUCUUCGAGGAACGGGAUUAUCCUUUGGGCGAGUCAACAUGGUCGCGAAGAUGUCGUCCGUGCGAUGCUACAGCGAAAAGGCGAAUUCGGAUAUCGGCACUGGCGAGGAUUCGAGACUGUCAGUGAAGCUGCAAGUUCUGAGUUGCACCUACCAUUGAGAUUUGCGGCUUGGUAUGGACAUGUGGGGAUCAUAAAGAUCUUGCUCGAUUGGGAUAUCAGCACUAUCCGGUAUGAUCUGCGUGCCCUACCCGCCGCAGCCAGUAGUGGGCAUUUGGAGGCCGUCAAGGUUCUUCUUGAAUACUCGGCACAGCUGCCGGAGGAUAAACCCCAAACACCUGGCUCUGAAGAGGAGUACAUAGAAGAGGAGUACAUAGAAGAGGAUUCUCCAGUUCCGGUGCCUCCAGCUCCGGUGACUCCAGUCCCUUUCACUCCAAGUUAUCACGGCAGGUUCCUGAACCAGGCGUUCGUUGACGCUAUCAGAGCAGGGCACGAUGAGAUCAUAGAGGUCCUGGUGGCCGACGGUCGGGCACGGAUCAGUCUAGCACAGGCUUCACGCAUUGGGAGUGAGAGAUUCAUGAAGCUUUGCUGUGCUAGCGAGGGACCCAAUUUUCUGGAAGAGGGUAGAGUAUCACCGUUGGGGGUGGCUGCAGAGGCAGGACAUGAAGGUGCGCUGCAGAUUCUCUUCGAGGCGGGCUGGGAUGUGAAUCUUCGAGAUGGAUAUGGCAGAACACCACUCUUCGACGCUGUUGCUGCUGGCCAGAAAGCGAUUGUAAGGAUGUUGCUUGGUAGGAAAGACACCAAUCCUGAUCUCGCGGAUAACCAAGGAGACACACCACUUCUUGAAGCUUCACGCAAAGGGCAUGUGGCCAUCAUUGAGCAACUUUUGGAAACUGGGAAUGUGAAUGUGAACCCGACGACUUCAUCUGGCCAGUCGGCAUUAUCAUUUGUGGCUGGCCAAGGCCUCGAAGAUUCAGUGCGUUUGUUUCUUGCUGCGGGUGCCCAUCCUGAUACCCGCGACCAUAUUGGACGCAGCCCAUUAUCUCUGGCAGCUGGGGCUGGAUUCCCGGUUGUUGUGAAGAUGUUGCUUGCAGUGGAUGGCGUGGAUCCGAAUUCAAAAUGUAAACAUAGCCAGACGCCGCUUGCAUACGCGCUGCUUUCGGGUCACUUUCCAGGAAGAGUCAACAGCAAAAAGACCAACCCUACGGACGACCGAGAUGAGCAGCAAAUGUUGAAUAUUCUCCAAGGAUCGUUGGAGGAUUGCAUGGCUUGUUUGAAAGUUGAAGAGAAGGCUCUGGGGGAUGGUGCUGCAUUGUCAAUCAUGAAGCUGCUGCUCGAGGAUAACCGUGUUGAUGCUAAUUCGCGAGAUGCCAAAGGCAGGUCAGUACUGUGCUUGGCAAUAUUGAGGGGGGAACAUGCAGCAGUGCGACUUCUUGUGUCUUCGAAAAGGAUUGAUUUGAAGAGCAAGAUUUACCGGAAUCUCACACCGGUUGACUUGGUCAAAGAGAAGUAUAGAAGGAAGCGAUUGAGCGAAUGGCGGUCGAAUAAUGACAAUAGCUGA